AUGCAUAAGCUAAUAGUGCUUCGUCACGGAGAGAGUCAGUGGAACCAUGAAAACAAGUUUUGCGGUUGGAUCGAUAUCCCGUUAUCUGCCAAAGGUGAACGAGAAGCUCAGCAUGCUGGAGAGCUUAUGAAGAAGUAUGAUUUCAAGCCAGAUGUGAUGUUUACGUCGAUGCUACAAAGACUGAUCAAGACGGGGAACAUUAUCUUGGAAGUGCUUGGUCGUAUGUGGAUCCCUCAGCAUAAGCUGUGGAGACUCAAUGAGAGACACUAUGGACUGUUCCAAGGAAGAGAUAAGAACGAAGUGUUCAAGGAGUUUGGUAAGGAGAAGUACCAGUAUUAUAGAAGAAACUAUGAUGGUGUACCUCCUGAAACAGGGAGUGUUAACAAUGACGACUCAAUUGAUGAAAGGUACAAGUUUGGGGAUAUUCCUAUUGAAAAAUUUCCCCAAGGUGAGCUGCUUCGGAUGACUAUGGGCCGAGUGGUGCCCUAUGUGGAUGAUAUUGUUGAGCAUGAAGUCUUACAACGUGAGCGGGAGGUUCUUAUUGUGACCCAUGGAUCGAUUGUGAGAAGUCUUAUCAAGCAUUUCUGUAAGAUCAGCGAUGACGCUAUCAGCAAGAUCAAUGCGCCCACGGGUGUGCCCUUAGUGUUUGAGUUGGACGAGAAGGGACAAUUAAUAAAGGAUAUGUAUUAUUUGGAUGAGGAGUUGGCGCAGAAAGGUAUGGCAAAAGUGGCCAUGGAGGGCCAUGGGAGCGGAAACGGAAACGGGAACAACAAUCACGAUUCAAAGUUAUAG